AUGUCGCACACUUCACCGGCUUCUGAACCGUUGAAGGACGAUUCUCUCCGCACAGACUCAUGCACCUUGUCCGAAAAGAAGCGGCCUCGUGUAGACGAUAAUUCUCACUCGUCCGAGGUCCGUGAUCUCGUGCGUCCUCGGCCGCUCUCAUGGCGCCCUUCUGCUCCAGUGGAGCCCCCGUUGCAAGCUGCCCAACUUCGUUCUAUUGGAGUGCUCUCCAUCCUGAAUUCCCCCACAAAAUCUGCUCCUCCUUGUCUGGUACCUUCGGGAGGAGAUAACCUGAGUCUGACGAGACAUCAGUCAUCUGUCCCUCCAUCUCCUUCUGCACCUGCUUCUCAUGUCCGACUGCAUUCAUCGCCUACGCUUCGUCUGGCUUCUCCGUCGAUACAUCCUGCCAAACGGCGUUCACUCUCCCCUGGGUCGGUGAACCGUCAGAUUCUCUCGCCUCUCUCCCCCACAUCUCGGUUUGUCAGAGCCGGAGGGCCGUAUGCUAGGAAACACAGUGCUAUACAAUCUCCCCUGGCUCAGGAGUCACGGCCGGGACUGUAUCGGUUGUCCUCUGGGUCGCCUCUGCCGUUGGAAAAUGCUACAGUGAACCCGAACCAUGGACCCGAAACCAUGGCCCCAGUCCCCGUUUCCGUCCACUCCACCCCAACCUUCCACAGUCGGGGGACGAGCGUGAAUCCGACCCCUACUCCCAGCUCCCAAGAGAGGAGCCCCACGACGCCUCUUUCCAUCCAUGGUCCGCUCGGUCGAUCAUCACCAGCAAUCGCGGGGAUGCCCGUCCCACAAUCUGCACCAUCAUUCGCUAAUCACCAGGUAUAUGGAAUGUCAGAACCGGUCAGUCGGUUGCCGUCAGUUGUCGGUGAUAGGCCGGCAGGAGACGAGCAACCCACGAUGGGAGGAACUACAAAUGCCCCACCUCUGCCUGGGAUGAUCCCCUGUAUUUUGGACCUCAAGUCCGGGUCAUCCAGCCAGGCAGAGAAGCGAAAAGCAAACAGCGAUGCCUCGAGAAGGUUCCGCAAUCGGAAGAGAAAUGAGAUGCAGAUGGAGCAGAAGAUUACGGCACAACAGGACGAGAUCCGGAAGCAGCAGGAGGCACUGCACAAACAGGCGCAGGAGAUUCGGGAGCUGAUGCAGCAACGCGAUUAUUAUCGAUCCGAGCGGGACUUUUACCGAGAGCAUGUCACCCGCCUCGUACCGCCGGGGCAGCUUCCACUGCGGCCCCCGUCUCCUCCUGUGUACCGUUCGAUUCCGGAGCGGGAAGCUGAGACAACGUGGUCCGCUGCAGAGGCCAGAGGUGCCUUGAAUGCUACAGGAGGAUCACCCGGAAAACUGCCAGCCUCCGAUGCAGUUUCUGGAUUACCUGUCAGACGAGAAAGCUGGCACAACGGUGUCUCAUACCCAGUGACUGCUCAUGAACAACAGGCGAAGCAACUGUCCCAGCUGCCUGAGAACUGGACGCAUUCCUAG